AUGUUGAUUUAUGAAUUAUUAAAACAAAUUUUUAUAUCACGUAACAAUAACAAAGUUAAUGAUUUAACGUUAGCUCAAUUAGAAUUAUUUUUAAAACAAGGAAAUCCUAUAUACAUUCAUACAAUACUUAGAGAAAACGACACAAAUGUGAUAUCAAUCGAAGUUUUUUCAAUACAUUUAAUGUCACUGAAAGAAAACAUACAAACGUUGCCCAACAUCUUUCUUAAAAAUGCUUUAAACUCUUAUUUAUAUUUUUCACAAUUUAAUGCAUGGUUGCUAUCAAAAAGUAUUCCAGCUAACAUAGUUUAUAAUAGUAGAAUUUCAUUACAAAAAACAUUAUCUGAAGAUAUUAAAGAUUGUACAAUUGGAAAAAAGUAUUUUCCUUUGACUGUUGUUGAUGGUGAUGUUAUUAAAAUAUCUGUUAAAUAUUUGAAAGGAAAUUUUCCUACUGAAUUUAAAAGCAGUUACCCAAUUCCAGAAGAGAUAUAUUUUAAUUCUUUAGGUCCUGAAAAAUCUAUUGCACUUUUUGAAGAAUUUAAUAAAAGAGGAAUAUAUCCUAAUAAAAUACCAAUAUUUACACAUUUACUUAUAUAUUUUAAUAACUCUGUCAAACACGGAAAGAUAAUACAAAUGUUAUUAUUUCAACAAAAAAAGAAUAAUAAUGUCGUUGAAUUCAGAAAAUGUAAUGAUAAAAACAUAAUAAAAAAAUACAAAACACAUAUACUUAAUAUAGAUUUAACAACAAAACAUAAAUAUAUUUAA